AUGGAAGACGAUCCCCCAGAUUACUUACCAACAGAACUGCCUUCAAUUGGUAUACUUCAAAACCCGACAAUUACACAAGUACAGGACGACCGUCAAUACAAAUCUUGGAUAUGUUUGUACCCGGUCUACUUUGACUCGACUAAAUCGGUGCAACAUGGACGUAAAGUGGUUCGAGAACAGGCCGUUCCCAAUCCUCUCGCACAAAAUAUCGCGGAGGCUGUAAAAGAAUUAGGGCUUUCUGUUUUAUUCGAGCCUGAAAAGACACAUCCCAGAGAUUGGGGAAAUCCGGGACGCGUACGCGUGUCAUUAAGGAAUCAAAAUAUCCCUAUCAACCCAUCAAUUCCCACGCGUAAAGAGUUGAUAAAGAAGGUUUCAACAUUAUUAUCGGCGGUUCAAGAAAAUAAUAAAUUGCCAUUUCCACCAAAGCAUUCGCCCGCCGUAUCGUCAGGUCUGCUUAAAGAUAAUGCUGGAUCAUCUACUGCUUCUGCUACUUCAAGUUCGGUUAAUGCUUCUAGUAGUAACAGUGCUGCUGCUGCUGCUAGCGGUGGAGCAUCACAAGGUUCGUCGAGUAGCACUCAGACUCAAAAGAAAAAAGGAAGAAAAGGCAGAAAAUAA